AUGGAAAAACUUAGCGCUGGACACCUGACUGUCCACGAUGUAUCGGAUACCAAGGUCUCACGCUGGGGCUGGUCCCGCGUGACGUUUCAAUCGUCCGACCUUGACUCCAUGCCGUGGCUUGGAUGGUUGUUUGUCUACACUUUCGCCCUCUUUUUCUUCACCAUCAGUCGAUGGCUCGCGCUAACAGCUCUGCUCGAUAUGUAUGGAAGCCAGAGUGACAACACCGUGAUCAUCAGGGCUUUGGUGCUGAGUCUCGGGUUUCUGGAAGACGUUGUCUGUGCCACCUAUUUUGCAACUGCACUGUGGCUCUUCGAUACUGUCCGACGUUUGUUGACCAAGCACCCUUGGACAGCUCCAGUAAUGGCAAGCAGACGUGCUGGAGUCAUGACAACAUUCGUGGUCUCGUGGCUAUUGUGUUUCGUCGCCAUAGCUCCACCUGUCGCGGAUCUGAUGCUUGUCGUGUGUCGCCAUAUGAGGUUCUCGUUUGGCUUGUCGGCGACUUUACUUCGAGAGAGAGACCAUCUCAAAGCUGCUCCGAUUUCUACUCGGGAAGUCUACGCAGCGUACGGGACUGCAGCAUUUCUCAUCCUUGUUGCUACCUUGUUUGCACUUGUGCGUGCGCUGAGUAGCUGGGCUGAUCUAAGUAUGUGGAGUCCAACGCAUGUCGUGCGAGGCCCUGUGUGUUUCUUGGAUUUGAAAGUCAAUGCGAACACUUCAGCAGGGAAACAUGCUGGAGGCGUGAAGUAUGAAGCAGUGGCGUUGGAGGAAGGAAGUACUAGUAGAUCUCCUAUUUCUGAUAUCAUCAACGCGGGAUCGUCAUUGAGUGACAGAAGCUUGCCUCGAAGGCCGAAGUACCACCGCGUGAUGCAAGCGUCUUCCGUAUUUGUGGGGCUUGUGGUCCUACCAUCGAUGGUGAUGGCGCUUUGUACUUCGUGCUCUCCUCUGGUAGCUUACGCAGCUAUUAACGCGACACUGAACGAGAUGUUUGGUCACGCGUUCCAUCCUUCUCUUAAAUAUGUGGAGCCUGCAAACGUCGAUGGCAAGCCAUCAUGGGCCGAGAAAUACGUCGACGCCUCAGAGUUGCAUGAGUUUUUUGGAAAUAGCACGCUGUACCGACGCACAUCAGGCUUUCACGGUGACCUCGCGUUCAACGUCAGUGUCGACCCCGCCGAUCCGCCGAAUGUGCUGAUCAUUGGAGUCGAGUCGUUUCGAUUUCGUGAUUCGCGCUAUCUUGUGGGAGAUCAGGACCCAUCGGAUUUGUUCAGAGGAACAAACAUGACGAUAACUCCGAACUUUGACAAAUGGGCAAGACGCGGUGUUGCUCUACGCAAUGUAUGGUCGAGUUGUCCCACAAGUCGUUCUUUGGAAAGCAUACUGUUUGCCCAAGUUCCUUAUCAAAGCAAUGUGAUGACUGGUAUUACUGGAGGAAAGAGUACCACAAAGCUUUCGGGUGUGCCGCAGCUUUUUGCCGAGAAAGGAUACGAGACAUACUUCACCACGGGAUCUUCUAUCACCCUGGACGACUGGAACUCGUUUCUUCCGAACCACGGCUUUGGCACUGUGUGGGAAAAAACAAAAAUGAAAGCGUUGGCGGAAGAAACGCUCGGUAUUCGUCCUGAUGACUGGGACGGUGUAGAAGAGCGAGGAUUGAACUGGGGUGUGCACGACGACCUCAGUUUUCGACUUCUUGGAGAUUUGCUCGUUCAGAAGCAUAGAGAGCAGAGAGACAGGUUAGAUCGAGGAGAGCGAAAGCAGCCUUUGUUUUUGACACACUACACUAUUUCGAGUCACGAACCGUACAUGUCGUGGCCAAAAUGGUAUGAAGAUGUCGACAAGCCUGAUUUCACCCCGAUGUACGAAGGAGAGAAGCACACUGAGCGCAUCGAUAGGUACAUGAAAGUGAGGUACUUUACCGAUAUGGAAUUAGGAAAGUUCAUGGACCGCAUGGAGAUGGAAGGUGUACUCAAUGACACUAUUGUUGUCAUCGUAGGGGACCAUGGUCAGGCACCUGAGAGUGACUAUAGCAAUUCGAUUGAGGAAUCGAUGACGCGUGUGCCAGCUGCUAUCAUUGCUGAAGGUCGACUUGGUGAUGAUGUGGGGACUGUGAUCGAAGAUGCUGCAGAGCAUUAUGACAUUCUCAACACGCUUGCCGAUAUCACAGGAUUGCCAGAAGGAGGACUGGAGCAAAAUGGCGUCGGGCGUUCCCUCAAGCGCAAAAUUCCAUUUGGUGAACGUGUGGUAUACAGCAACGACCCUUUGCGUAAAAUGGCGAUAGUACGUGGUCAUCAGCGCCUCCGCUAUGAUGAAGUCAGCGAGAUGAUGAUGCUGCAUGACACAGAAAAUGACUACUACAUGACUACGGAUUUGCUGCCCGGACUGACUUCUGAGGAGUUGGCUGAGUGGAAGGCUUUGCGAAAUGAAGGUCGUCACAUUACUGCUUACUUCAAAAAGCGCUGGGACGAGGACUGUUUGCUUGCUGUCGAUUGCGACUCAUGA